CACAGCGAAAUGAAGUUCCUGACGAUUGCCGCUGCGUUCGCCGCCACCGCGCUCGCCGGCGAAGGCCACGACCACGGCGACCACGUCGACUGCAGCACGGAGCAAGCUACGGCGAUCAAGACCUUCUUGGAGUCGCCGCCGCCGGCAGCAUGCACCAGCGUGUGGACGGCGCAGCCGACCCUCGAGCAGCUUGCCACGUAUUUUGAGAAGAACCCGGCGUCGGUCGCCAAGCUCUGCGCGAACGCCGGCUGCAAGACGUACUUUACCAGCAUGGCCGCGCUCCCCGACUGCAUGUACAUGAUCCCGAAAACGACGAUCGAGGCCAACUUCAAGGAUGGCGCCAAGGAGGCGCUGGAAGGCUGCACUAGCUCCAACUCGACGGCCCCCACCAACGGCUCGACGAUCACGACGCCGGCGCCGACCGCGGCCAAGUCCACGGCCCCGACGUCUGCCCCGACGCCCAAGCCGUCGUCGGCCAACGCGCUGGCGGCCAUUUCGCUCUCGGCGGCCGUCGCCACGGUGGCCGCGGCCCUUGCGUAAUCCAAUCGAACGUCCGACUGCAAACUGGGUGCUGACGACGCCGUUGAUGUCUCUUUUCUCUUCUCAAUACAGUGCAUUUCUAACGUG